UCCAGCCAACCACGGGAGGUGAGAUUUUGCACAAAUGGGCGACGACAACAGUCUAUCGCCACAGCCACUUGUGGCAAACUGGCAAAUCGAGCCCCGCCAAUAACCCUUGGCCACGUGUAGCGCUCACAUAAACUCUAGUAGAUUUCCAGUGGAUGAGAAUUUUAAUCAUCUUCCCCCACCAAUUAUAAGCUUUCCCAUCGCCAUUUCCCAUUUUCCACUCCCUUCUCCAGCUCCAGCAAUCUUCCCCCACCCUGAACACCAGCCACAACAAUGGCGGCAGAGAUGGCCCUGGCAAAACCCAUCAUCUCCAAAUUCACCACCACUUCCAGAAGCAGCAGCAGACUGUCGUUCUGCUCCAUCAGAAUGUCGGCCACCUCUACCACCGCCAGCGGCGGCGGGACCAAGAAGAAGCUGCAAAAGACGGCGAUAAAGGAGACGCUGCUGACCCCGCGGUUCUACACCACGGACUUCGACGAGAUGGAGACGCUGUUCAAUUCGGAGAUCAACAAGCAGCUGAACCAGGAGGAGUUCGAAGCCCUGCUGCAGGAGUUCAAGACCGAUUACAACCAGACCCACUUCGUCAGGAACAAGGAGUUCAAGGAAGCCGCCGACAAGAUGCAAGGCCCUCUCCGCCAGAUCUUCGUCGAGUUCCUCGAGCGAUCCUGCACCGCCGAGUUCUCCGGGUUCCUCCUCUACAAAGAGCUCGGCAGGAGGCUGAAAAAAACCAAUCCAGUGGUGGCGGAGAUCUUUUCGCUCAUGUCAAGGGAUGAAGCCAGGCACGCAGGGUUUCUGAACAAGGGGUUGUCGGAUUUCAACCUGGCACUGGACUUGGGGUUCCUGACAAAGGCGAGGAAGUACACGUUCUUCAAGCCGAAGUUCAUCUUCUACGCGACCUACCUGUCGGAGAAGAUAGGGUACUGGAGGUACAUUACCAUCUACAGGCAUCUCAAGGCCAAUCCGGAGUACCAGUGCUACCCGAUCUUCAAGUACUUCGAGAACUGGUGCCAGGAUGAGAAUCGUCAUGGUGAUUUCUUCUCAGCGCUGAUGAAGGCUCAGCCGCAGUUCCUCAACGACUGGAAGGCCAAGCUCUGGGCUCGCUUCUUCUGCCUCUCUGUGUAUGUCACGAUGUACCUCAAUGACUGUCAGAGAUCAGAUUUCUAUGAAGGGAUUGGACUCAACACGAAAGAAUUCGACAUGCAUGUCAUCAUUGAGACGAACAGGACGACAGCCAGGAUAUUCCCGGCAGUGCUGGAUGUGGAGAACCCGGAGUUCAAGAGAAAGCUAGACAGGAUGGUGGAGAUAAACCAGAAGCUGCUGGCUGUAGGAGAGACCGACGAUAUUCCAUUGGUGAAGAACUUGAAGAGAGUACCUAUUGUUGCAGCGCUGGUUUCCGAGAUCAUAUCUGCGUACCUGAUGCCGCCCAUCGAGUCUGGAUCCGUGGACUUGGCCGAAUUUGAGCCACGCCUUGUUUACUGAUUUGAUAGGAUUGUUGAUUAGUUGUCCCCUUUUCACUCCAUGUUUCCGUCUUCAGAUUUGCGAGUUGGUGCUUUGUCCAUGUUGAGACAUUAGAGAGCUUUGUGACAUAAUAUUCACUUUGUUGCACACUCGUUAAAACUCUGCAAAUACCUGCU